UGGUGCUCAUGUCUCACUCGCACAUGAAAUUCAGUCAGUCGUGUUUACUUCAUAUCACACUUUCAUCUUUCGAAAGUAAAUUUAAUGUCUUGGGCCCCCCUGUGAGGAGGGGAUGACAACCUACCGCGCUGCUGGAGCAAGUGACUCUGACGACUCGGACGACGAUUUUGACAGUCACUCACCUCUGAGAAAAAAGUUGCGAAGUUGUGAAUCUUCCUUCUUUAUUCCAGACUCGGAAUUUGACAUGGCGAAUCCACCCAUGACCUCCGUGAGACGCUAUGGAAUUGGACGAGGGAUACUCCGACAAGAUGUAAGGGAUUUUGAUGAUGCAGAAAUGCAAAAUUCCAACCGUCACCCGAAUAUAGGUCAUGGUUACUCCAUGGCUGGACAAUCAUCGAUGGAGGACAAACAGGCAGAAACGUCUCCACUCACGAUCGGCGUGGCAAUUAAUACACAAUUUGAUACUGACAAAUGCCCUCAGAAUUAUCCCAAAAGGAAAACGACUGUAAAAUCAAUGUAUCAGUAUCAGUCAGAAAGAAAUAAUGCCACUUCGGGUAAAGAUUCACAGUCAGUCUCAAGACGCCUUGCACAAAACAUUCCAGAUUCGAAAAAUGAAUGUCCACCUGGAAUGAAGACUGAUUAUUUUUUGAUGCACUCACUUUCCAAGAGUGAACAGAUGGAAUUCAUACCGCACAUUGAUCCAAUAAUGGCUGGAAUUUCAUUUUCUCACAUACGAUCGGCUUGGAAUUCUAACAAAAGUAUAUCACAAGAAUGCAAAAAUGCGUAUGUAAAGUCCACCAACCCACUCUGCUUGGGGUUGUUUCUUAUGAUGCGAAGUUUUGAUUUUGUUCAUUCGUACAAACCCGAAAAAAUUCUGUGCUGCGAAGUGAUUUGUGAAUUGAAAACGUAUCUAAGUGGCACUACCUCGUGGGAAUCACAACUGACCAAAGAUACUCAGAAAUUGGCUUUUCAUCUCGUUUUAACUUACAGGAAAAUGGAUCUCAAAAACUUGAUAGUUGAGGUCUUUAAACUUAAAGAAAUCCAAGAUGAGCUGUUUGAAGAGAUCAAACUAUUAUCGAAACGAGGUUUAUUUAAACAGGCAUUGUGGGGUUCACUUGCCUUGGAGUUAUUUUCCUUUGACAUUCAUGACUUUUUAAUGGCCAUGAUUUUACAAGAUCAAUUCAAUUAUGUGGAAGAAUACUUCAAUCACAAGGGUGCAAGACAGCUAUUACUGAGCGUGAUUGGGUUUAUUGAUCAGAUUGCUUCAAAUCGGAAUAUUGGAAACUGGUGGUCGACGUAUGCACGAAAAUACAACAUUCCAGCUACUAAAGUUCAAGCUAAAUUUACUUCGCGAACAUUGGCAAAAUUAGUGGAACGCUUUGCCAAUAAAUACAACAUUGCUCCAGCAGCGUUCCCAAAUAUCACCAAAGGCCAAAGAUUUGCGGAGAUGCGACACUUAUUUUAUAAAAAAUUCACCGAAGCCAGUUCUGACAUGAGCGAUGAAAACUUUCAAGAAGUUGUCGCGACUCUAAUCAACGACGAUUUUGACUUGACUAAGGAGGCAAUGCAUCUCAUGAACGUACAUGCGGGUGUUGAAUUUGGAGUUGGCUUUGCCAAGACGCAUAAUAUUCCUGAAGAUUGGCUACCAUCGGAUGUUCAACGAUGGCUUAAAAAUGGACCACAAAUGACGAUAAUAGAUGAAGAUUGGGAAGUCGAGACAUCUAGCUCAACGCAAUCUAUCUUUCGUACACCAACUCAGCACACUGACAGCAGCCGUAUUGCAGGACCAUCGAACGAUGAAAACCAACAUACUGCUGACACUAUUUCCACAAAUAAUACAAGCAAUUUGAACUACUCUAUUCCGUCGCAAAUUCACAUCAAAAUUGUGUCUUGCUUGGAUGAUUUCAACUUAUUCAUGCAACACAUCAAACAAGAAUUGGCGAGUAAAAAUCCCGUGUUAGUAGGUGUGGAUUCAGAAUGGCACCCGUGCCGAUCGACGACUGCUGCAGUGCUUCAACUUGCAUUUGAAAGGCAAAUAUUUCUCAUCGAUCUAUUUACAUUGAGAACGACUAUUCAAGUUACCAGCACUCCAAAUCCUUUUGAAACUAUGUUAUCUGAUUUUUUCGCUUGUGAGAAAAUCAUAAAACUUGGAUACGACAUCAAUAACGAUUUCAAAAUGUUAAGCCCAGUGUCUGAACACUGGUGUAAUCUGAAAUCAAUGUCGAAAGGCAUCCUCGAUUUGAAGACUUUACAAAUGGAUAUUCUUAGACGACGCUCAAAUUUUUUCCCCUUUUCAAAUGCUCGAUCUACAGAUCGUGGAUUAAGUGAGUUGGUGCAGAUAUGUCUUGCAAAGAGUUUGAAUAAGGGUGAGCAGUUUUCUAACUGGGAAAGAAGACCCUUGCGACAAUCUCAGAUUUCCUAUGCUGCUACGGACGCUUAUUGUCUUUUAGAGAUUUUUAAUGUCAUCACCGAAGGAGAUAAAAUAACCCCAAUUGGACUGAAUGAUUUUAUCAAAGCCACUCAAACUCAGACUUUGGAUGCCCAAAAAUGUCGAAAAUUACGGGCCCCCAUUGAAAUCAUUCAUUCAGUAUUUUCUAAUAAAAUGCAAAAUUGGUCCAGAGCGUGGUCGACUGAUGCGAAUGAGUCAACGAACAAUCCUGCUACGAGGACAGUUGAGACUGUUGAAAUCGUGUGUGAUACCAUGCUAGAGGGUCUUGGAAAAUUGUUGCGGAGUUUCGGAUUGAAAACUUUCAUCAAAGAGAGGAAUUCUGUGGAUGCAUUAUAUCCCAGUCGACUUUCUAAAUCUACUGGGACAGUUGUAAUUACUCGAGGCAAAAACCAGUACAAUGACUUGCUUUCGGUGUUAUCGACUGACCAAGUUACUUAUGUAAAUUCAAAUCUUUACACGGACCAAAUUAUCGAAGUCUUGGAUUACUUUAAAAUUGCUAUUCACCCAAGCGAUUGUCACAGAAUAUGCUUUUUCUGCAAUAAUAACGUGUUCAUCAAAGCGUCAAAAGAAUUCAUACAUAAACUUGUUCAGCGUCGGGGUUAUAAAAAAUCAAAGAUGUUAACGGACGAUGCCUUGUCGUCUGUAGUUCAUAGACCUCCAUUGGAAAUGAUUAUUUGUGUAGACGAUGCAUUGAGGAGAUGGUGUCUACGUCCUGAGAAAGACAUUGUCAUCAAAGGAUCCGAAAACAGGAUGACGCCUAUUGCAUUUACUCCGUCAGGAAAACAAAUUGAAAUCAAUCGAAUCAAUCCUCAUCUUUUGGAUUCCUAUAUUGACGAAUUUCUUUACAUUUGUGAUUCUUGCGGUCUUUGUUACUGGAGUAGCAAACAAAUUGAGGAAAUGAUGCUCAACGAUAAAUCUCAAGCUCAAAUGAAACCCUCAAGUGAGACCUUGGUGCGAAAUGAUUAAUUUCAACAAUAUUUUAAGACUGACCAUAUGCGUUUGUACUAGUGUGACGAGUAUGUGAUGCAACUAUAUAUUUUCAAAUAUUGAUAUAAUUUUACACUUGAGUACAAACUUUGUAUACAUACAUAUUAGAUAAUUUUAGUCAGAUAAGAUACAUAUUUUUUGCAAAUAGUUUUCCGAAUUUGCAAUGCAUUAGUGUAGUCGGAUUAUGUAUCUCCUCCAUGAUGUUCAAGAAUUACUUUAUUUAUUGACAUAGUCUUAUUUUACCACUUAUAAUUUCCUAAACUAUAAUACUAUACUUAUAAUAAUAGGUCAUAAUAAAGUGAAAUACAUUUCGGAAAUUGUUGGAA